AUGAAAAGAAGAGCAGAAAUGGCAUAUCUUAAAGAACAUUAUCCACAAAUAUAUUUCAAUUUCAUAAAUAGGAUUAAAGAAAUAACAGAGAGUUUAAAACAUGAUAACAAUCAAGAUUUAUUAGAUAAAUUGAAAAUAGAAAUAAAUGAAUUAAAAAAUAAACUAAAAAAGUUAUGUGGAGAUGCAGUAACUGAAGUUGGUAAAGUUAUAAUACAGAAAGUAGAAGAUGUAUCAGAUGUUGCUGUUUCAAUUUUUGAUAUUUAUUCAUUAAUACAACAAUUUAAAAUAAAAGAUAUAUUAGAUUAUAUGUUAACACAAAACAAAAUAACAAACUACUCACAACAAGGAGGUAAUGAUAAUCAUCCAACAAAUAACACAAAUAAACAAAAUAAUUCAUCUAAAAUAUCUUUAUAUAAUAAUAAUACACCACUUGGAAGAACAAUAAAAACUAUAAACAUUACUCAAGAAUAA